CGUUAGUGUGUCAAUCAUGUCGGUGUCUAGUCAAGUUGCGUGCACGUUGGCUUAUGAAGGAAAGCUUGAAGAGCUGCAGAAGCAUUUAGGUGAAUUUCCUGUUGAAGCUGGAGUUAAGGACAAGGACGAACGAACUCCAUUACACUGGGCUUGCUCAAAAGGCCACAUUGCAAUCGUCAACUAUCUCCUGGAACUUAGAGUAGCCAUUGAUCCAAAAGAUGACUCAUCCUGGACUCCUGUUAUGAUCGCUUCAUCUGCUGGUUACACCAAUGUUGUUUCGCUUCUUGUUGAGAACAAUGCAGAUGCGACUGUUGCAAAUGUGACUGGACAGACUGCCCUGCAUUAUGCGGCAUCCAAGAAUCACGAAGACAUUGUAGCAAUCUUGAUGAAUUGUAAUGUCGAUGUUAAUGCUGUGGACAGUUACGGUGCAACGCCUUUACACAGAGCUGCAUCUCGGGGUCACAUGAACGUGGUGCGUGUACUGCUGGAAAACCAUGCAUCAGUUAACUUGCAAGACUGUGAAGGGAACUCACCAUUACAUCUCGCAUGCGAUGAAAACCACAGAGAAAUCGUUCAGCUGUUAGUCCAACAUGGAGCUGACGUGCAGCUACCAAACAAGAUGCAGUAUCAGCCAGUGGACAUGGUGUCGAGUACGUUCGCUUACACUCUAUUGAAAUUGGCAGGACACAGUGAAUCACCGAGUGAGAUACAGUAGUGAAAUGCAGCUCACAUAGAAACGGCUGUUGUUGUGUUACGUAUGUUGCAAGUUGAUGACGUAGAUAUAUAAUAUAUAUAAAUUAAGAGAUGCAAAUAGGUAGCGAAAAAUGUAGCAAAAAUGUAGCAAAUAUGUAGCAAAAAGGUAGUGCAUCCAUAUUCCACUAAUAGAAAAGUCAAGACAUGGCAGCAUUACCAAUACAAAUGCAUUGAAAUCUUACAAUUUAAAAUAUUAUUGCACU